UUUUAGUUUCGCCAUCCAUUUCUAAAUUCAAUUACUCAGUCCUUUCGGUUGCUACAACGUCGACCUCACGACUACCGACACCAGUUUUGCCUGGACCCAAAAAUACAUUGCUAACCAGCUUAAAGGCAUCCUUACGCAUUAUACCUACUUGUGUACACAUUCAGUAUUUCUCUACACCUACUACCCCCACGUCCCGCAAUGGGAACAACCUCCGUCCGCCGCAAUCUCUUCCACCACCACAUUAGCAACCGCGCUGGCUCGACUGGCCCCGCAGGUUCAUCUGCGCAGGGCAAAACCAGCAACGGAACCUCUGGCCUAUCAUCGCAGCUGUUGCAAUCAAGUUCGUCUGAAGCACCUACAUCUUUGAGCGCCGGGUCCGUUGACAACGGGGAAAUCGUGGUUAAGGACAAGAACGGUAGCUACAAGCUUGAUGUCCCUGUACUACCCCCCUUGAUUGGUGAAGAUGGUGAGGAAUUGGAGGGUAUAGAAGGUGUGGGUGCCGGCGAUGGUUCCGGCGCAGCAGGGGGCAAUUUGAGUGCGCAGGAGAAAGAGAAGAUGGAGGCAAACCUUGUUGAGAUGAUGUAUCGGAAUCGAAACAGACAAAUGAGUAUCGAGCCUGCCGGUGAGCCUCGAUUACAUUCCCAGGGUCUAUGUUGCGAUGCGAUUCGGCUGAUGUCUAUAGAAAUACUCAACCGUAUACACCAGAGCCUUCGCAAUAAGGUUGCCGCCUUGGAGGAAGAUAACUGGAUGUAUGAGGCUGAAGUCGACUCGAGGGCCUAACCGAUUCGUUUGCGAUAUGAUGGUCUAUACUAAUUACUAUGCGUGAUGAAU